AUGCUAGGAGGCUUCGUGCUUAAAAGCAUUGUCAAAAGAUCUAUACAUACCUCAAGAUGUAUUGGAAUGACAUUUGAAGGCAAUAAAUAUGGAAUACAGGGAUCCGAUGAAGAAAGAAUGACCAGGAUUUUUGGUGGAAGGAUAAAAGGAGAGCCCCCCAAAUCAACGAGCAGAAGAUUAAGGCAAGGCAGCAGACUGAUUGCAGGAGUUUCCGUUCCAGAAAAACCUGCUGAACCAGAUAACUGUUGCAUGUCAGGUUGUGCAACUUGCGUUUGGGAACUGUUUAACGAUGACUUAAGAGAAUGGAAACACAAGAGAAAGGAAGCUGCUGAGAAGUUGAAGGGAAGCCUCGAAAAGUGGCCUGCUGAUUUUGAUCCCCCUCUUACUUUACUGGAUAUUGAAAAUGUACCUGCAGAGCUCAAGACCCAAAAAAUUAAAUUGGAUAAGCAAAAGAAGAGAGGUACUGCCAGUUUGUUUCCACCAAGAACUGAAGCGCUUCCACAGAGCGUUAUUGAGGCAAAGAGAAAGAAUGCUUUGCUAAGACAGCAAAGAAAAGCCAUGCAUGAAAAGCAAGAGGAGGAAGAAAUGGAGGAAGGUUGGAAUGACGUUCCUGUGUAUAUUAGAGCAUUCGCGGAAUUUGAGAAGAGAAAGAAGGCACUUCGGUCCAAAGAAGAUAAAGUCUGA